UCAAUACCUCUGAUUUUUCCACCCAGAAACUACCAGAAAAAUAAAGAAAAAGAUAGAAGAAAAACCAAGAAAUGGCAACAACAUUUCUUUCAACUGCAAACUCCUUUCUCUCUUCCUCCUCCUCCUCCUCAUCAUCUUUAUCUUCACUAGCAGCAACUGUAUUCUUUUGUCCAAAAAAGAACAAUGCCAGGAGACAGCUGACAUUUUGCAGAACUUUUAGUGAGUCUCCAUCACCACCUUCUCUAGUUUUAACCAAAAGAAGCCUCUCUAUUUCCUUCAUCACCAGCUUCGUCAUCUCAUUGGCUAGCAGGAGCAAUUCCAGUAGUGCCAAUGCAGCUAUAUUGGAAGCUGAUGAUGAUGAAGAACUAUUGGAGAGAGUGAAGAGAGACAGAAAGAAGAGGAUUGAAAGACAAGGUGUCAUUAGUUCAUCUAACAAGGAAACAGGUUCAAUCUCAAGCAGAACCCACAAUGUCCAUGAUCUAGUUUACAAGCUGAGCAAAGUAGGUCAAGCCAUAGAAAACAAUGAUCUAUCAACAGCUAGUUCAGUUCUUGGGGGAAGCACCAAUUCAGAUUGGGUCCAAAAGGCUAAUAUAGCUUUCUCCAAGCUAAGCUCUGGUCCUGAGGAGAAGACUCAGGUGGAUACAUUCAAUUCAUCUCUAGCUUCAUUGAUUUCAUCAGUUACUAGCAAUGACAUUGAAUCCUCCAAAAUUGCUUUUGUGUCAUCUGCAACCGCAUUCGAGAAAUGGACAACCUUGACAGGGCUGGUCGGACAGCUCAAAGGGCUUUAGUUAGGUGGCCGGAUUAUGUUUUUCCUGUUCGUAAAUAUCCUUUCUUCUUUCGAUGUUCCGAGUUUCAUUCCUUGCACAACCUUGUUCAUAUUGUUUGAUCCUUUGUUGAUUUUUCGUGUGGUUAUGAGUGGUUCCUUGAACUGGAGACCAUCUGGCUACUUUGCUCACACGAGUUGUAGUUCUUUCCUCAAUCCUCUUGAGCUUCGGUUACACCUAAUAACAUUUCUUCUUCUUUUCUGCUGUUUUA